AUUUUUGUAACUGACUGAGCUUCAUAUAAAUAUAUAUAUAUGUAUAUAUUUUUUAAGCUUUUUUUACUCUUUUUGUUUGAGAAUUUUUUUGCCUUGGAAACCGAGUCCCGUGUUCCCCUCCUUUUCCUUAAAAACUUCUACGACUCGCUUUAACUCUAACCCAUCAUCAUUAUUAUUUGGGUUUCCAAGGACGUAUCUUCCGCCCUUUUAGAAACCCUCCACCUCAGACUUCAGUCUCUUUGUUGAAAAGAGUCUGAUCUUUGCAAAUCAUGAUGCGUCUGUGCACGCCGUCGUCCCUAGCAGCAGCAGCACAAGGUUUCGCAGCGUCUGCCAGCUCCGUUGCACGUCGUGCAAUCUUCCGCCCACGUGGUGGUCUCGUUGGGCGGAAAUAAUCAUGCUAGUCUCAUCGCCGUCUCCGUCCGCCCUCCAUCCUUCGUCCUCUUCUCCUCCAACGCUUCCUCAUCCUUCUCACCCCUCUCCCUCCUUUUCUCAUCGAUCCACGACAGCCGCCGUCGCCGCCGUAACAGCAGCUCAUAAUCUUCGUCAUCAUCAUUAUGAGCCUGCUCGUCAGCCUCCUGCGUCCAGUAGUCACUACAGUCCGCGUUCUUCCCGCUUGGCCAUCGAGGAACUUCGAUCGGCCUUGACACGACAUACGGUUGAAGCUUCGCCUCCGGGGCCCUCAGGGGAUCUCCCUCGCGGCCGCAUGUCCGCCGGGCUGACCACCCUUGGGGGCGGAAAUAGCACGUGUUCGUCCGCCACUCCUAUUCCUGCGGUCGCUACGCCUGUUAAUCCGCAUUCCUCUGAUCGUCUGACGGAUACUGAGCCUGUCGGUGCUCCUCCAGUACCAGCGUGGGCCCCAGCUCCGGCAGAGGCGCCGGCCCCUGCCCCCGCUACUGCGCCUGACUUGGCUCCUCCAAUGCCCGCCCCCAUCAGUACAGGGUCCAACAAGCGUAACAGCCCGAAUGAUCAUGGCGUGGACGCCUCGCUUGCGGGACGCUCUGGGGACUUGGACCUUGAAGGCAGUCAGUCCAAGCGACUGCGGCCAUCCAAGCCCGACGUGAAAUAUCUGCCGGAGAAUUAUGAUCAGGCUGAUCCGCGGGACAUCGUCAUUUUGAUUUCUAGCAUGCUGAUGGAGCUGAUUCGCUUCAACGACAAGAUACCGCUGAAUAACGGACGCCUGACGCGUUUCCAUUCUCGAUCACCACCUCGAAUUUCGGUCCAAGACUAUCUUCAACGGCUUACAACCCACGCCACCUUGUCGCCUCCGAUCUUGCUCAGCAUGGUAUACUACAUCGAUCGGCUCUGCGCUCUCUAUCCGGCCUUUACCGUCUCGAGUCUGACUAUUCACCGAUUUCUUAUUGCUAGUGCGACCGUCGCCAGUAAAGGUCUCAGUGACAGUUUCUGGACUAACAAGACAUAUGCUCGCGUGGGAGGUAUCAGCAUGGCGGAGUUGGCUCUUCUGGAGUUAGAGUUUUUAUUCCGCGUAGAGUGGCGGAUUGUACCCCAGCCUGAAGUGCUGGUGGAUUACUAUCAAAGCCUCGUCGAGAGGUGCGACGGGUAUGAAAUCCUGCGUGAAGGCUGAGUACUUUCACUGCACCGAUGCAGCAGUCAGUUGGAUUCCAGCGCUGUUAUUCUCCUUUCCAUAGGUGGUCGUUCAGAUCUCCAAUCAUUGUAUUGUAUUUCUACAUACCAUACAUCUAAAGCGGGAACGGAGUUGAUCUUCUUAUGCAUUAACGGGCGAUGUGGGACAUUUUUCUCAUUCUGGUGCUGUGUAAUGCCUUAGGAGCCUUCUUUGGCCUUGUUAUCACCUUCUUCUUCUCAUGCUUCUACGACCUUGCGGACUACCUGGUCAUGAUCUCUGUACAGCUUCACGCUAUUUUUCGGGCGUUCGAUUGUUACUAGCGUGUGGGAUAUCAUACUCCUUUAUCAUUUCGAGCUAAUUUAAGCCUCCUACGUAUAUUUGUC